UCAUCAUUCCAUGUAGCCAUUUCUGGUUAGCAUAGCUGUAGGGUAGCAUAGCCGUCAUUUGCCAGCUUUAGCAGCGCUACUAUGGCCCAGGCAGCACAGGCUAAUGCAUUUGACGCAAACAACACUCAGAUUCAGGUGGAACACGACAAAAAGCGCCGACAGUUUGUUAUAAGGCUAAAUGGGUCUCACGAUCGUGCAGUUCUUCUGUAUGAAUAUGUUGGGAAGAAGACUGUGGACCUGCAACACACCGAAGUUCCAGAUGCUUACAGAGGGAGAGGAAUUGCCAAACAUCUGGCCAAGGCAGCCAUGGAUUUUGUGGUGGAAGAGGACCUGAAAGCACACCUGACCUGCUGGUACAUUCAGAAAUAUGUCAAAGAGAAUCCUCAGCCACAGUACUUUGAACAUAUUUAUCAAUGACUCUACAUGGCUCCAAAACAGAGAAGAGCUGGAGAAAGAGACUCCCAGGAGAGAAAUACUGUGUGGCAGCAUGCUUUGGAGUUACAGGAUGAUACACAACAAAGGACCUUCCAGGCCUUGUUAAACAUGACAGCGGGUGAAUCCAGAGACAACUGAUCUCACACCAAAGACGCCUGUGAGGUGAACGUUGGAUCGACCGGUCAGUUAAGUCCAUACCAGGGGGAUUCACGCUCUACACAGGCAGGAGGGGAAUCAGCCAGUCACGACUUGUAAAAACAAAGCAACCAAAGGUUAAGCAUGUUACCUCAGGCAGAAACUUCCAGGAUCUAUACUCAGCACUGACUUGAAGCAAAUGUUAGGCAUGUAUUGCAAGCAGAUGUGAGUCAAACGUUAAAGUGUGUUGCAAACUUCUGUCCUUUCUUGGACUCACUGGUUGUGAGCAGCGCCCCCAGACGACCGACCCUGGCGUCUUUCUCUGGGACGGUUUGGAUGAAAAGCAAUUAUGACUCCACUGACACUCAAAAUGAUUGAGACGUUUAGUUUUUAACUCCUUUAUGAUGUUUUAUUAUUAUUAUUCUUUUCCAGUUUUUCCCACUUUUAGAAAUUGUGUUUCUUAGGGCUAAAGUGUUAGAUAGAAGAUUGUGUGUUUGAAUGCAUCUUCAACACAUCAAGCUACUCUACAUAUUUUUUUAGGUGAUUGCAAAGAGGCAUAGGCACAUUUGGUGGGUAAUGAAUUGUUUUUAAAAAAUAAAAGCUGUAUUUUUAAGAUGUGUAUUUUCCCAAACCCUCAGUUUAGUUCAAAUUUUCCUCCAAACUACUUCCCACUUACAGAAAUGAAAUGCUCAUUAUUGGAGUCAUAAAUAAAAAAGUGGUGGGAUGCGUAAGCCACAGAAUCCAAACUGAAAUUGAAAGUGCAAUCCUAACUAAGCCUCAAGACAAGCUCAUUUUCUUUAAUGUACAUGUUAAAUGUGAGAUGCACCCUUGUGAUGAACUGCUUUUUAAGUCUGUCACUGUACGGCGCAACACUUCAGCGUGGAUAUAGAUGAAUAUCUCUGCUCAAACCAGCAACAAAAACAACACUGUUAUAUUCAGGGCAUUUAUUUCUAUGGUGUCAGACACUCCUUUGUUCUGUCAUUCAGGAAAAUGACAUUGGGUGGCUGAAGCUUAGCCUUUUCCUGUCAUUUUAUCGUUUUUUUCCCCAUUAAAGACUACUGUACUCAUCUGAUGUCAAAUGAUAAAAUUAAUCACAAAAAAACAAUAUUUUGGAGAGAAAAAAAAACAACCUUUUUUGGCUCUUCAGGUGGUUUUGCUGUUGACAAUCUUAAGUGUUGAGAAGAAAAAUACCUCAGGUUACUCAACACGCCUUGGCAGGACAGUGCAGAGUCUGUCUCCUUUAAUAACUUAGAAAACCACCUGCAGGAAACCAAUAUCUCUUUGUAGAACUUUCCUUUGGUGGCACUCGUCUAGUCAUAGGUCAAGGCACUCGAGCUUAAUAUUUCAUUUUUCUUUUAUAUUUGUGUGCUUCUUUGGAAGGAAACAAAUGCCCCACUUAAGUUUCAAGCUGUUGUCUCUAAGAAAUGCAUCAUGAUGUUGCAAUCCUUGUUACAUUGUUUUGUGCUUGAGACACUUUUUAUUUCUCCGUACUUGUUGUCAAUAAAGAAAUGAAUCUAAUACACAUCA